AUGGCUGUUGAUAUUCGUCUGCCUCGAAAGAGAAAACGUGGGGAACUCACUUCAGAACCCAGAGGGUUGGUGAGUCCGGGUGAUGUUAUAACAUCAGACACAGGUUUUAUGAGAGGUCAUGGAACCUAUAUGGAAGAUGAUAAACUGCACGCCUCAGUAGCAGGUGUUGUAGAAAGAGUCAAUAAACUCAUUUGUGUACAGCCCUUGAAGACAAGAUAUAAUGGAGAAGUUGGUGACGUUGUCGUGGGUAGAAUAACUGAGGUUGGACAGAAGAGGUGGAGAGUAGAUACCAAUUCCCGAUUGAAUUCCAUCUUGAUGUUGUCAUCUGUCAAUCUACCGGGAGGUGAACUAAGAAGAAGAUCAGCUGAAGAUGAACUAAUGAUGAGACAAUAUUUAUCUGAAGGUGAUCUCAUUAGUGCUGAAGUACAGUCUGUGUUUUCGGAUGGCGCUCUUUCAUUACAUACAAGGAGUUUGAAGUAUGGCAAGCUCGGUCAGGGUAUUCUACUCAAAGUGUCACCAUCACUUGUUAAAAGGCGUAAAACACAUUUCCAUAAUCUGCCAUGUGGUGCCAGUGUUAUACUGGGAAACAACGGGUACAUAUGGAUUAGUCCUACUGUUGAAAAUGAAAGCUCAGACACAGCAGGAGGAUUUAUACAGAAUCUAGAGCCAGUAUCGGAAGAUGAGAGAGGUGUAAUAGCUAGACUUAGAAAUUGUAUUUUAGGAUUGGCAGAACACAGACUUAUGUUGUAUGAUACUAGUGUACUGUAUACAUAUGAAACAUCCACUAAAUACGAGAUCCAUGAACUAUUAAAACCUGAUGUGAUGGAAGAAGUGAUACAUUUAGCAAGGCUGAAACUAGAACAGGAAGGCACAUGAAAAUUGCUUGCAUAUAACAAAACAUGCUACUGCCAUGAUAUCAUUUCCUGAUGAACAUAUUCCAAACUGUCCAUCAAUGUUUUCACUGAACUGCCGGGAGUAAUCAUCUCUACCUAAAUACAGCGGCCAUUUUGUGCAUGACAUUAAAGGUGUCAAAGUCUGGAGCGGCUCUAGUUUUGGACAAAUAAAUAAUGUUUUUAAAA